AUGCAAAGGCAAUGUUACAAUUACAACUUGUCGCACUAUUGCCCGACAAGGAGAGAGGUACGUGCAAUGGUGACAACAAAGACAAGCGAGUCUUUAAAAGGGUACAUGCUCAAUCCGCGCACCGUAGUAAGUGAACAACGUGUCCAAAUUCGAUUAACGCGCGAGGUCGAGUACCUCUCUGGUAAUAAGAAAGGGUAUUUAAAAAUGGACAAACAAUAUGAAAAAUAUAGUAAUCAACAUAUCCCUCAAAACUCCACUGAAAAGGAUGAGAAGGUUGAACUUCAAAUGCUUCACAAGUCACAAAGACUCGAAGAACCACUCGUAUUAAAAAAUGACGAAUUAACACCACCACCAAACACCGAAAAGCUCCCCUAUCAUGAAGAAGACGCAAAGGCUCUCAGUCCAGAAAAUUUAUUGAUCAAGCCCAGUACGUCGGGUUUCGUUCAAAAGGACAAAGAAGGAAAAAUCCUUAAAGGCGAUGUUCCUGGUAUCGUCGACUUGUUUUGCAACGAUGAGAGAAACAACUUAAUGAAAGCCUUUGUGUGGACUUACACUAGUUUUUGCACUACAACGGAAAUGUUAAAUGUGAUAAUCGAAAGAUACGAGACGGCGUGCAACGAUGAUGAAAAAGGGAGUUUAUUGGUCAGAGCGAGGAUUAUAAGUGCCAUCAAGUAUUGGAUAGAGAAUGUGUGGAACGUCAUUAAAACUAAUGAAAAGCCUAUCGAUGACACUAUGAAGGUAUUACUUAACACCUUACGAGUCUAUGGAAUGAAUCGCGAAUAUAAACUCAUCUCCUCAUGUUUUCGAAGAGCAACGAGUGGAGUGGAAGUUCAAUUUGUUCAAAUGCAUCAAAAUGUGGAAUUGCCGAUUCCGACAUACGCCGAUAUAACAGGAGCUAUACUUGCGGAGGAUGUAUUCAAUAACACACAUCCGAUAGAAUAUGCCCGUCAAGUGACUUUGGUUGUGUCGGAAAAGUUCCGAAAGGUGAAGUUAUAUGAAAUGUUGUUAUGGGCGAAUGGAGAAAAGGACCGGUGUGUCAACAUCAUUGCCCUCCAAACCUUUUUUAAUGGACUACAGAAUUACUUCACGACGAUGAUAUUGAAUGCAACCGACAUAUCGAAGCGAAUUGGGAUCAUCGAGCGGCUCAUCAAAAUAGCAGGGUUUUGUUUUAGUUACAGAAAUUUUGAUACUUUACUCUGCAUUCUCUUGUUAUUUGGGACUUCCGCUAUUCACCGCCUGAAACGGACCUUCGACGGGAUUGCCGAAAAGUCGAAAACGGUUUUAAAGACGUUAAAAGAGUUUUCUGUGCCGGACAACAACUGGGACACACUCCGGAAAGAGACUAAAAAGAGUGUAGGGAAGCCGAUGGUCCCCUAUAUAGGCCUUAUCUUGUCCGACUUGACUUUCACGAACUACGGCAACAAAACAAAGGAGAAUGGGUUGAUCAAUUUUGGGAAGUGCCAACAAAUCUCUUCGAUUCUCGAACAAGUCGUGUUCAUGCACCAACAGACGUUUUUCCAAAUAUUAGUCCCGCAACCGGAUAUUCAAUUGUUAAUAGAGAAGAGCGCAAGUUUCGAUAAAAAAGAUAUCUUAGACGAUAAAAGAAGUUAUGAGCUGUCUAAUGUCACAGAACCAAAGGUCUCUGUUAUUGUCCCUUUGUCGUCCGGAUGCACUAGACUAACUCUUCAUAUACCAGGACGUCCUUUAGUAGUGGUAGCCGCACGGGAUUCAAAUGUCCCAUUAAAUCGCCUGUUCUUAGAGACUUUAGGGUGUGAUGUCUCGCGAAGUCAGUUGUUUGUUUUUUACUCAGGGCAGAGUGUGAAUGAAGUGACGAGUCCCUUUUCUCCCGUUUCUCAAAUCAAAAUUGCCGUGAAUGAGUCUGAGGUCUUGCUCACUGCGUUAAAUAAGACGAUGUUUGUGAAUGUCGUCUUUGAAUUCAAUGGAGUGAUGUGUCGGACGAUGGCUCCGAUGGACCCAACGAUACCAUUAGAACAGAUGUUGCCUAUACUUAAGAUGUUUUCACAGACUCCUUCAUACCCCAUAUUAGUGAAAAACAAUAAAGUAAUUGGCUUGAUGCAAUUAUCUGCAACAUUAGACGAAAUAGCAUGGGAAGAUGAAAACACGAUCUACUUUCUCCCCUUCACCUCGUUGAAAAACACACUCAGUGAUGUCUCAUACGAUUCUUUACGAUUCAAAACAACGCGAUUCUUCAUGCCAUUCACUCUUAGACACGAAGAAACUAUGGCGACGUUGGUCAUCGUCGAUUUAAUGGUCGUCUUGUAUAUAGAAAACACAUUCAAAAGUGUCUACCCCAUCGACCAAAUCUCUCUCGAAUAUGAUCCCUGGAAAAAUUCAAUUAGACUCGGGUUAUUAGAAAAUGAACUCUUCGACGCGACGUUGUCCCCUCCUGUCACUUUAUAUGGAAAGUUCGAAGUCAUUUCGGAAUUUAUAGAAAAGCUCUGCGUCAUCAGUCCGUUCCAGCGGAAGACUCGGUUAUUUGGGACAAAGCGGAAUAAGAUCAGUUGCGACGCUUUGGGAAUCCCAAAGAAAUUUUUGACGAUAGUGAAGUCGUUGUUUGACUCGGGGGUGUUGAAGAAUGAAAGUUGUUUUGAUGUCGACAAGAACGAAGUUUUACUCUACGAAAAGCAGUUUGAGGAAAAGAAUGUGUUCCACUUAGAGAGUGCGCCAGGGUUACUUAUUUUAUAUUUAGUAUCUCUCCAUCAACCACUCCUCCCAAGAGAUCAUACAAAGCACUUCGUCUCAUUCGACUUCUUAGACAAAGAAGAUAAAGACGAAUUGCUUAGAAGAGCAUUUGAAGACUUGGACGAGAUGGAACCAAUUACGAUCGUUGUCAUACAACUGCUCGCUUUCCAUUACUCGCUCAGUAAAACUACAACACCACAAUUCUUCGAGGAUCUUUUAUUCGAAAAUAUGCCCGUCCCAGGCUUGUCGGGAAGAGUUCUGGAUUACUUGAUCAAGAAUAGUUCGGUGAUAGUUCCGAAACUAUUAAAGAUUAGUUCGCCCAAGUUUGGGCCAAUACUCCCCGUCACUGACUUCCUUCCGACACAGACCAUUCUUGAAAUUGUCCAGAUAUACUCCUCCACCAAUGUUUCAUCCCAACAAAGUGAGGAGUUACUACGGAAGAACAUCAAAAUCAUACCACACAUCUUUGAGUCGAUCACAUCUUGCGAAACACCGCGUCGUCUGGCAAAGCGGAAUAUGCACCGUUUAGAAUCUUUGUCUCCGACAAAACAGAAAUCGAAAUUAACUCUCACAGACUUAUCAAACAGUCCGGACUCCUUUGAAAAUAGUCCCGAAAUCACUGACAAAAAGUUUGAGAAAGUCGAGCCAUCCAAGUCUCCCAUCAAACAACUGAAUUAUCGAUUCGACACACAUGGGAGAGUCAUCAACAACUCUUUGCUCCCUUCAAAUGUAUUAGCUCCAAGUUUAACAACGAACUCGGCUCCGUUAUCAUCGUCAGAGUCAAGGUCUUCUUUGGCCGAGGAAAACACACCAACAAGUGUGUUGUACUCUCUCCCUGAAACAAAGAAGUUCAAUCACUCGAAAAUCGUCUUAAAAAAGAUCGAGACGGGACAAACCCAACAAGACGCUCAGCUUAAGGAAGAUAAAGAUGUUGCAUAUACGGGAUAUAGAAGCGAGAAGAACUCCCCACGUUUGCAACUUCGAGAAGUCGAAAAGAAAAGACUAACGGACGAGGAACUCAGUCGCUUAGUCGGACACGCCUAA